AUGGCCGGACUUGAGCUUGUUGGGCCGAGUAGCACGUACUACGUCGGACAGCAGUCACACAACAACAGCCUCAGCAACGUAUUCAGUAUAGUGGCGAGUGGUUGCCCCGAGCCGUCCUUCUCGCCAGACUUCCCAGGACGAGGGAUCGACUCCAUCGGCAGGAACGAGCUCUCGACAAGAAGUGCGACCUGGAGGGGCGAUGAGCGGCCGCAAUUCGACAGUGGUGCUCGUGGCGCCUCACGACAGAACGGUAGAGACGCCGACCAGCAAACGAGAGACAUCGAGGAACUGGCGCGACAUGCUGAAAAGGAUAUCAGGCUCCCCACAAAGGAACAGGAACUUUACCCUGAAAGCCAGGUUAGACCGAACCUCACAUGGCGAUGGCCUUGCCAAAUCGGAGUGGGCUUGGAGAACAUGGGCAACACGUGCUACCUGAACUCGAUUCUACAGUGCCUGAGCUACGUUCCCCCGCUCGCCCAGCACCUGUUGAACGGCAGCUACUCGCAGGGGUCUCACGCAACGUGCUCCGAGUCCCCGUUUUCUUUCAACGGGUCCACCGACUUCUGUGAGGACGACAUCCUAGGAGCCAUGCAGAAGCUUGUGGGACAGAUCCACCAGACCAAGUCAGGGUCAGCUGAGCAACAAGCGAUCAGGCCGCGCACUUUUUCCGACAACCUGAGAAAGAUCGGGGAGAAAUUCCGGCGGGGCAGACAGGAGGACGCCCACGAAUUUUUGAGACACCUGGUGGACAAGAUGGCGGGGUCCUACCUCGAACGCCGAGGGGUAGACCCGUUUGCACCUAACAGGCUGGCGGAGACGACUCCGAUUCACCGUGUCUUCGGAGGAUACCUCCGAAGUCAGCUGAAGUGCUCGGAGUGCGGUUUCUGCAGCGACACCUUCGACCCCUUCAUGGACCUGGCCAUGAACGUCGAGAAGGUCGACUCAAGCGGCGUGGCGAUGAACGAGAGGUCUCUCCAAGCGGCCCUCAGGCGUUUUACCGCCCCGGAAACCCUCGGCGCUGGCAACGAGUGGAAGUGCGGGGGUUGCAACAAGCUGGUCGAAGCGGAGAAGAAUUUGUCGGUAUUCAAGCCACCGAACGCGUUGGUGUUUCAGCUGAAAAGGUUCGGCUUCACGAACGGGCCGAGAAAGGUCAAGGACCACAUUUCCUUCGGCGACAAGCUCAACCUUGAGGUGUCGGGACCGGAGCGUUGGGCGAACUACGACCUGACGGGGGUUGUGGUUCACUCGGGCAAGACCAUGUCUUCCGGGCACUACUACGCCUACGUGAGGUCAUCGGCCGGGUCUUGGGCACGGAUGAACGACAGCGUGGUGACGAAGGUCACGCUGGACACCGUGCUGAGGGACAAGGCCUACGUCCUCUUCUACACGCGCCGCCCCCCGCCGGCGCCCCCCGCGGUCCAGCGCCCUAUUCUCCCCACGCCCUCACCCUCAUUGGCGUCCUCCUCUUCCAGCCCUGCCGUGGGGGGAACCGCCGCCGCCGGCGCUGACGGGGCAUCCUCGGUCGGCAAGGGUCCGCCCACCCACCCCGCCGCCCCCACCGCCCCCGAGAGCAACAAGAGCAGGAAACGCAAGAGAAGUCAGGAGCAGGCAAGAGAGAUUGAGAGAGCGUUGGCGGCAGCGGCGGGGGCGGCGCUGGUGGAGCCGCCAGCAGCCGGAGCAGUGGUCGGCGGAGAGGACGGCAAGGACCCGUACGAGGCCGCCAGGGGUACUUCAAGGCGCCGGCUUUCCGACGGAACCUGCGUUGGGGGCGGUGUUAGCCAGAGCCAGGGCGCGACCGAGACACCGGUCGCUUCGACACCGGUUGUAGCAGUACCCUCCGCGCCACCAGCACCGUCUGGUACUACCCCGGCAGUUCACCGACCGCCACCACCGUUUCAUCUACGGUGCCCCUCCGCACCUGCCGGAGGUGGUAUCGACGGAGAGCACGGCUUAGCGGCGGUGGCGGAGGAGGAGGAGGAGGGCGAAGGACGCGGAGACGGUGGCGAUCCGCUACAAUUGGAAGGGUUCGCACCCGCCAGAGGCAUCGAGGAGAGCGGCCGUAACGGUUGCCCGGCGGAGGGGGUCGGCGGAGACGCAGCAACAGCGACGGUAGUUUCGCCGUCAUCGUCCCCUGGGCUUCCGUCUAUCGACGAACCACAUCCGCGCGAAGACGGCGCUCCCGAUGUCGUCAACGUGAAGCGAAGCAGGGAAGACGAAGAAGCGGAAGAGGAGUCGGUCGCUGGGACAGAGCGCUACACAAGUCCAAAGCGUCAGAGGCUUGAUGGCGACACGACCAGCCAGGCGGGAGAUGUUUUGGGCGCCUGCCGCCGUGGUACCCAACCCCACUGA